GGAUCUCCAGUUUCAAAGGCUUUUUUUUUCAGUCUUUCUUUAAAAUCAAAACAGUCAUGGCUUUCUCUCGAAGUCUCCUUUCUGAAGAUCAGCUCCAGUGCUCCAUCUGUCUGGAUGUGUUUACUGAUCCAGUCUCUACUCCAUGUGGACACAACUUCUGUAUGAUCUGUCUCAGAGGGGUCUGGGACAGCAGUUCACACUGUCAGUGUCCAGUGUGUGAAACUGAUUUUACCAAUAGACCUGAGUUAUGUGUUAAUACUUUCAUCUCUGCACUAGCUGCUCAAUUUAAGAAGCAAAUUCCCCUCAAGCCUAAGAAGGUUCUGUGUGACUCCUGCACCGAGGAAAAGCUGGAGGCUGUAAUGUCCUGCCUGCACUGUGGAGUUUCUUUCUGCAAUGCUCAUCUGAUGAUCCAUAAAGCUACACCUAAACUCAUGAAGCACAAACUGAUGGAGCCUGUGGAGAACCUGGAGGACUACAUCUGCCAGAAACAUGAGAGACCCCUGGAGCUGUUCUGUAGAGACUGCCAGACGUGUGUGUGUCAGUUCUGUACUGAGGGAGACCACAGCACUCACAGCACUCACAGCACUGUUUCUAUGGAGAAGGAGAGUGAAGACAAUAAGACUAAGUUGUGGAUGACUCAUGCAGUAGUUCAGAAGAUGAUUCAGGACCGACUGAAGAAGAUUAAGGACAUCAAACAUUCUACAGAACUGAACAAAAAUAAAACAGAAAAAGAAAAAGCAGACACUGUGGAGAUCUUCAGUGCUCUAAUGCAUUGCAUUGAAAGAAGCCAGGCUGAUGUGAUGGAGAAGCAGAAAGCAGCAGAGAGGCAGGCUGAAGAGUUCAUUAAAGAUCUGGAGCAGGAAAUCACUGAGCUAAAGAGGAGAAACACUGAGCUGGAGCAGCUCUCACACACUGAGGAUCACCUCCACUUCUUAAAGAUUUACCCGUCACUGUGCAGCCCUCCACACACCCAGGACUGGACUGAUGUCAUUAUUAACUCUCAUCAAAGUGUGGAGACUCUAAGGAGAAAAAUAAUGCAAGAACUACUUAAUAAUGCAAUGGAAAAGUUUGUUCACAGUGAGCUAAAGAGAAUUCAGCAACAUGCAGUGAAUAUUACGCUGGAUCCUGACACAGCAAAUCCUUGUCUUGCCGUGUCUAAUGAUGGAAAAGAGGUCACAUGUGAAAACAUAAUAAAGAAGCUCCCUGAUAACCCAGAGAGGUUUGAUCGUUGCAUUUGUCUGCUGGGAAAAGAAGGAUUCUCCUCAGGACGAUUUUAUUAUGAAGUCGAUGUCAAAUGGAAAACUGAAUGGGAUUUAGGAGUAGUAAAAGAGUCUAUUAAUAGAAAGGGAAACAUUACAGCCUGCCCUGAAAAUGGAUUUUGGUGUGUGUCUUGGAAUAAUCAGGUUGGAUAUGUAGCUCUAGAUUCUCCUUCUAUCCCUCUCUCCUUAAAACAGCCUCCUCAGAAGGUGGGGGUGUUUGUGGAUUAUGAAGAAGGUCUGGUCUCCUUUUAUAAUGUUGAGGCAAAGUAUCACAUGUACUCUUUCACUGGUCAGACUUUCACUGAAAAACUCUAUCCCUUCUUCAGCCCUGGCCUUAAUGAAGGAGCUAAAAACUCAGCACCGCUGAUCAUUUAUCCAUGGGUUCGAGUCCAUGAUUAGGUUUUAAAACUAAAGUUGCAAAAUGUGUAGAAUCUAAUAAUUAUUACUCUUGAUUUGACAUUCCAUGACUAGAGCUGGUAAAACGUAAUGUAUUAAAACACUUUAUUCUUUAUAAGUGUGUUUAUUUUCUACACUGGUUUCUCAUUUUCUGUUGCUGUAUAUGGCCAAACAUGAAUACCCCAAUUGUAG